CCCCAACCAUGUCUGGCUUCGCUUAAACAAGGCUAGCGCGUAGAUUCUCAACAAGCAUCACCGCCCCCCAACGCCAAAAACUUGGGGGACCCAUUCCUUUUUUGCAGUGCUGCUGUGCUGUUGCUGGGCCCUGCUGUUGCUGAGAAGCUGCCACACCUACCUCUCCCACCCUAUCCAGCUCCCGACAUCGCGGUCCCUUCUCGCUUGGACCUGACCAUCCCUCUCCGUCCUCUUUUUUUUUUUCCCUUCACCUUCUUUUUCCCUUUUUUUUUCAUUGCGCAACCAACCCUACCCCCCAUCACACAAAAUGUUCUCGCGAGCCACCCGGUUAACAAGGACGCUGCCCGUCCGCGUUGCUGCUGCCCGCGCCAGCCCUGUCACGGCUUCGCUUGCCCGGAGGACCGUCACCACCAAUGCCGCUUCGGCGCAGGUUGACAAGAGCUCCGUCCCCCAGUCCGAAGAUGAGCCCUUCCAUGUCACCCUUUCCGACGAGAGCUUCGAGACGUACGAGCUCGACCCCCCACCUUACCAGCUUGAGGUUACCAAGAAGCAGUUGAAGCAGAUGUAUAAGGAUAUGGUUGUCGUCAGACAAAUGGAGAUGGCUGCCGACAGACUAUACAAGGAGAAGAAGAUUCGGGGUUUCUGCCACCUCUCCACCGGUCAGGAGGCCGUCGCCGUCGGUAUUGAGCAUGCGAUCAACAAGUCGGACGAUGUCAUCACCUCUUACAGAUGCCACGGUUUCGCCUAUAUGAGAGGCGGCACUGUGCGCUCCAUCAUUGGCGAGCUUCUUGGUCGCCGUGAGGGUAUUGCGUACGGCAAGGGCGGUUCUAUGCACAUGUUCGCCAAGGGCUUUUAUGGCGGCAACGGCAUUGUCGGCGCUCAGGUGCCUGUCGGUGCCGGGUUGGCUUUUGCCCAGAAGUAUACCGGUGGCAAGAAGGCUACUGUUAUCCUGUAUGGUGAUGGUGCUUCCAACCAGGGUCAGGUGUUUGAGGCUUUCAACAUGGCCAAGCUUUGGAAGUUGCCCGCCCUUUUCGGGUGCGAGAACAACAAGUACGGUAUGGGUACCUCCGCUGCCCGCUCCUCCGCCCUGACCGAUUACUACAAGCGCGGCCAGUACAUCCCCGGUCUCAAGGUCAACGGCAUGGACGUCCUUGCGGUCAAGGCGGCCGUCCAGUACGGCAAGCAGUGGACUGAGGAGGACAAUGGUCCGUUGGUUCUCGAGUACGUGACCUACCGCUACGGUGGUCAUAGUAUGUCGGACCCCGGCACCACCUACCGCACCCGUGAGGAAAUUCAGCGUAUGCGGUCCACCAACGAUCCCAUCGCCGGCCUCAAGCAGCACAUUCUCGACUGGGGCGUAGCCCAGGAGGACGAGCUCAAGAACAUCGACAAGGAGGCGCGCAGCUUCGUCAACGAGGAGGUGGCCGCCGCCGAGGCCAUGGCCGUCCCUGAGGCCACCCCCAAGAUCCUGUACGAGGACAUUUACGUCAGAGGCUCCGAGCCCGAUUUCAUCCGUGGCCGCAUCCUGGAUGAGAACUACUACUUCAAGCAGUAA